AUGGCAUCGACAACUACUCGAGUUCUUGCUAUUUCUCUGAACAAGGAACCAUGGUUUGACGAGACGUAUGCUCCGCUUCUCACGGCCAUCAGGUCAAACGCGGAAUUUCAACGGGCUGAAAACUCAACGUCGGCCAUUCAGUUUAUAGCACAAACUCCAAAACCUUCGGCCAUACUCAUAACGGAUGAAGCCCUGACGUUGCCGGAGAACAAUGCUGUCUGGGAAGCAGUUCUGGAGUAUAUCCGUCGCGGGGGCACGGCCGUUAUCAUGGGCCACUUUCCCUCGUACGUUCGACCAGACGACCUGAAACCAUUUUACUCUCGAGCAGGUCUAAACUGGGACUGUGGAUCCUACCACAGGACAACCCUGGUAUUGAACCAAGCUGCGGUUGGUGUCGCCAAUGCUACCAAGCUGCCACUACAAUACAGUCAGAAGGCUUUGUUCGUGAAGAACGUCGUACCAAGCGAUAUGUGGUACAAAACCGACGAGGACUCGCUGGUUGAGUCUAGGGUCUUCGCUCCAACGAGUGUGUAUUCGAAUGAGGAGACAGCCGUGGCGCUGGCCAAAGUUGGUAUAGGAAAGCUUGGGUACGUCGGCGACGUGAAUGCGGAGGAAGGUUCUGAUGCGGUUAUUCUUGCUAUGUGUGGAUUGCUGUAG